GGACGCAUCAAUCUGUUGGCCUUUCGCGUGCCGGUCCGCCGCCCACUUGUAGAGCUGCCGACCUAGACAACAUCACGAUCGCUAACGAAACGCUUUGUGUCGUUUUAUCACAGUACAUAUGAGUGCGACAGUGAGAGUAGCGUAUCGAUAGGAGCAUAAGCGAUUGGAGUUUUGUCUAGGGGUGCAGGCGCCGUGCUGUGCCGUCGCUGCCGACGCCGCUGUUGUUGACGACGCCUAAGUGGAACGAUGCCUACCUACUACUUCUUGGUGUUUACCGGCACUUAUACACUGGUCCAGGCGCUGGUACAAUUCAUAAUCGCUCUGGUAGCAAUCGCACAGCAUUUCUGUGUAAUCAACUUCCUCAGAGGCUAUCCGCUUUUGAUUUACAUCCGGUUGCUGUAUUUUCAUAAUCCAAGUAGUUGUGGGACCGAUAUCAACAUCGGGGAGACCCUGGAAAACGUGGCCAACGAAGCCUACGUCUACAUAUCCUCUAUGCCAGUCGUGACUACCAGAGCUUUUAUAUUCAGCUGCAUCAGCUUCGGAUUAAGCGUGUUCUGGGUGGCCGGGAGCAUUGUACUCAUCAAAGGAGGAUGGAGAAAACACCAUUCGAAUCACGUCCAUUGGCCUUGGGUUGCAGUUUCAUUUUUUGUUGCCCUAGAGGACAUCGUCGGCGUGUUAUGCUACAUCAAUGAUUCUUUUCAUACAGCAACUUUGAAGGAGUCAUUAGAAUUUAUAAAUGGAAUUAGCAGCGGUUUCGGCAACAAUAAUCCAAGCACAAUAUGGGCGUCCAGAUCAUUGGCUCUCCUUCACGGACGAUUCGGCAUCUUCCUGCUCAUCAAUGUAGGGCUUAUUGUUUUUACAAUACUGGAUUGCUCUCGGUACAGGACAUCAGACACGUCUUCAGAGGUAGGAGGCACUGGUAACUUGGAGACGAGCCCCGAGGCGAGCAGCAAGGUGGAGGAGGGCAGCGAGCGCAGCUCGAGCGGGCCGAGCCAGCCCGGCGCGGGCGAGCUGCCGAGGAUCCCGCGCCCGGGCCUCAGCCAGUCCUUCCGCUCCAUGAAGGACAUGCUGUUCGGCAGAUCGCUGUCCUUGAACUCCUUGGAUAACAGGAACAAAAACCGCGUGAACUUCUUGCCAGAAGAGUCCACCUUGGACCCAGUGCACUCGCCGCGCAGCUUCGAGAAUCUGAUCGCGGAGCAGCAGCGGCGCCUGCGCGGCACCGGCGUCGACACUUCCGGCCGCCGCGGCUCCUUGCAACCCGCGCGCAGCCAGCCGCACCUCACCUCCAAUGCGCAGGAAACGGCUCGCGGCGGACGCAGUACAGCGGGACAGCUGCCGGGCCAGAUGCCGUGGGCGUACAUCGCGGGCGCCCCGGCCAACCGCAUGAGGGACCAGCUGCCCCCCGACGAAGACCUGCCCCCGGUCCCGCUGCCGGACUACACUGCCUUGCAAUCUGGCAGGAAAGCAUCCGUGCACCGGGCAGCUUCGAGUCUAAGCUCAUUGACACAAAAAAAGGACUACAAGUCAUCUCAUCCGGGGUCGUCAGGACAAGUUGAUGUAUUGUACUAGAGAGUGAAGAUACCGAAGAAGUACAUCAAGGUUCUACAGUCUUCGCCUGACUUCGCAGAUCAGUAUUAUUAGGGUUAGAAAAUAGUAUUCGUAUCAAGUUUGUGUUUCCGUUGCUACUCUGGUAAAUUGUUACCAGUAGCCUGUGUACCCGCUCCAUGAACUCGAAAGACAUCAGUGUAUUAAUUAUUUGUAAAGAAAGGUACUUAUGAUUCAAUUGCUUCAUGUGUAAAAGGUUCUUUACAUAUUAUCAGUAUGUUAUGUAUAUCGUCGCCUAGCACCCUUAGUACUAACUUUGCUUUGAUUGGGGCUGGGUUGAUCUACAUAAGAUGUCCACCGAUAUUUAUUUGAUUUUUUAUAUCUUUUUUGUAUUUUUUUUUAAGAGUCGGCGGUCAACGAGCAUGCAUUUAUGCGUGUAAGUUUAAUUCGCUAAUUCACACCUAUUAGUGACAAUAUCGAACACUCUAAAUUAAAUAUUCGGCCUCACAUUUUUUAAUUUUAAAAUAGUCACUCAACUUAUUUCAUUAUUUAUUAAUUAUAUGAACAAAUGAACAUCUUAUUUCUAAUUUAUUUAGAGAAGAAUUAGGUACGAGUAGACAACAGCAGAGGUUUUUCCCUCCAAAGAACAUCGCUUUGCGAUUCUUUAGAGAGUCCUUCGUCCAGCAGUGGACGCUCUCUGGCUGAUGAUGAUGAUGAUGAUGAUGGUGAAGACAACAGCAUUCGAACAAAUAUCGCACUUAAGAACGUAUCGUAUUUACAUACUUAAUUCUAUGUAUAAAUUCCUUGGACUAAAUUUGCUUAUCAAUAAUAAGUGACAUUUAGGAAAAGCAAGGUAACUUGUACAUUAGCAACUACGUUUAAACGAUCUCAAUAGACGUGAGAUAGUAUUAAACGUACAUAUGCACAUCGGCCAUUCAAUGCUUACUUAACGCGUUCGGCUCCACAACAGUAUACAGACUACAGAGUGGGGCCUGUAACAAAGGCGAAGAAUUGAACUGUAGGCUAUUCUCCUUAUACUGAUCAACAUUUGUUCAGUGACU